AUGAAGUUUUUUAUUUAUGUCCUACUUUUGUCCAUUUGGACAGAUAGUUGUUUAAAUACAAACCGAAGUGAUAGAUCUUCUCCUACAGGAGCUAAGCACUUUGAAUCAAUGCAGGCCAAAAUGGACAAUUACAGAAGAUGUCUAUUCAUUAUGGUAGUUGGUAUUAUGAGCACAGCUUUUAUCUGUACCUCUUUUUGUUGCCUCCAUUAUAAUUGUUUGAACAAAGAUGUCCCCAAAGCAAAGAUGGUCAAGGAACGUGUAGCUACUAAGUCAUCCAGGUCAUCCAAAAUAUCAUUCAGUACAUACGAGACAGCCAACCUAUGUAUUCCAGAUAAACAACUCAUGCUAUUUGCUAUAGACCACUUAUCUGAGUUAAGUCCAGAGAAGUCAUCCAUAUCAUCCAGUUCAGAAAAUGUAAUCAGGUCCUUGAGUUCAGAAGAGUUCUCUAUACCAACUAGUGCAGAAAAGUAUAUCAAACCAUCAAGCUCAAAAAGUAUGUUCAGGUCAUCUCACCUAGGAAAGUCUUAUAGAAAACACAGUAUAGAUAAAACUACUUCUGAGUCUUGGGUCAAUGGUAUUUCUGAGGUCAAGAGUACAAAAGCUCAAAACCUAUCUUUUCCAUGUGAAGUGAAGCCUUUUUCUAAGUCCUUUAAUAAGGUAGAUUCCAGAGACAAUGCAUUCUAUGGCAAUGUGAGUGACAGUGAUAUGAUGACAUAUGACAGUGAUGACGAGAAUGAGAGGGAAAUAACCAUUUUUUUUGCAACAUAA